UUCAAUUAAACGACGUGACAAUACAGACACACACCGCUGUGCUGUUCUGUAAAGGCCGCGGAUUGUUUUCUCAUCGCCAUUUUCAGCCGCCAGACGGCUCGGUGUGAUAAUAAUGGACACCGACUACACGUCCGGCUUAGAAAACCCUCUGUACGGCGAGCUGAAAUACUUCUGUAGGAAGAUACAGGAGGCCUACAACGAGCUGAAGGAGGACCUGACACCUUACCGAGAUGAUCGCUUUUACAGACUAGCCCCUAUGCGGCUUUACACCCUGUCUAAAAGACAUUUUGUCUUGGUCUUCGUGGUGUUCCUGAUCUGCUUCGGCCUCACUGUCUUCAUUGGGAUUGCAGGUCCUAGGAUUAUUGCUGAGCAAGAGCACAGUGGUGAUCAGUUACUAGUAAAAAAUGCCUCAUUGAAGACUGGGCCUUUCAAUCUAGUUUCUCCUCCCCUCACCACUUACAACCAGCAGCUAUGGCUCACCUGUGUGAUGCAGGCUGAAAACAGUAACAUGGGAGACUUCCAGCAGCCUUUCGAGAUUAACGUUGAGCUAAAGGGAGUGAUGCCGGACGCCAGCGUGAUGUACAUCAACAACAUGCACCAGAAAUCACGAACACUUCACUGCGGUACAAAAUGUGAUGAGAUCAUUGUGCUCCAUCUGGGCUAUCUGAACUACACCCAGUAUCAGGUUAUGGUCAGCUUCAAGGGCCUUGAAAAUAUCACGUAUGAAAUUAAGGUCAAGUUUGUGUGGAAAACGUACAAUCCUACUUUCUCGCAAGUGGAAAUCUGGUUCCGGUUCGUCUUUGUGGUGCUGACCUUCAUGGUGACGUGUAUGUUUGCUCAUUCCCUGAGGAAAUUUUCUAUGAGGGACUGGGGCAUAGAGCAAAAGUGGAUGUCUAUUCUACUCCCGUUGCUGCUACUCUAUAAUGAUCCAUUCUUCCCGCUCUCAUUCCUGGUGAACAGCUGGUUUCCAGGGAUGUUGGAUGCUUUCUUUCAGGCUCUGUUCCUGUGUUCUCUGCUGCUCUUCUGGCUCUGUGUCUACCAUGGCAUCAGGGUUCAGGGUGAGAGGAAAUGCCUGACGUUCUACCUGCCUAAGAUGAUCAUUGUAGGUCUUCUGUGGCUCUCAGCGGUUACACUGGGCAUUUGGCAAACGGUCAAUGAACUCCAGGAUCCCACCUAUCAAUAUAAAGUGGAUAUAGUGAACUUUCAGGGUAUGAAGGUCUUCUUCCUUAUUGUAGUUGCCCUCUACAUCCUCUACCUGAUUUUCCUGAUUGUCAGAGCUUGUUCUGAACUCAAGAACAUGCCUUAUUCAGAUCUUCGGCUGAAGUUUUUGACAGCGCUGACGUUUGUGGUGCUCAUUAUAAGCAUGGUCAUUCUCUACCUGAGGUUUGGUGCAAAGGCUCUUCAAGACAACUUUGUGGCUGAAUUGUCUACUCAUUACCAAAACUCAGCUGAAUUUUUAUCCUUCUAUGGCCUACUCAACUUUUACUUGUACACAUUAGCAUUUGUGUAUUCCCCCUCUAAAAAUGCCCUUUACGACUCCCAGUUAAAGGAUAAUCCUGCUUUCUCCAUGCUAAAUGACUCAGAUGAUGAAGUGAUAUAUGGGAGUGAUUAUGAAGACAUGCCUUUACAAAACGGACGUGCUAUCAAAGCAACCACCAAGUACCAGGAUGAGAGUGACAGUGACUGAUGGAUCUCUGACUGCUCCUCCUCUGUGUCCCUGUUGGAAACUAUGAAAAUGUAUUAAAACAAACCAUCAUGUCUAUGUGUACAUACAGGAUAUUUGGAUUGGUACUAUGGAAUGAUAUGAUACCCUAAGUGUACAUAAAUAUAUUUUUAAAAAGAUAAAUUCCAUGUCUACUGAAUGUACUGUAAAUUUACUGAAAGUUGAGGCAUGUAGCCACUCAGACUUUCCUCUCCAUUGUUUAUGCUUUCAGUCUAAUUGAAAACAGCAGAAACACUGAUGUAAAACAAUACAAUUUUUACCAGUUUAUAAAAAUGUUUUUCCUUCAUAACCAGCAUUUCUUCACAACCUUAUUUAAAAAUGAUCGGGAAAAGUGCUAAUAUUAAUUGGGGAUUUGUUUAUAUGUGAAAUCAAUGCUAUUUUUUAAUCCUUUGUGUUGGAACACUGUUGUCUCUAUAUACUUCUACUGUGUUGUUUUUGCCAUUCCUUUCUGCUCUCUGACUGUCUGAGAAUAAUGAGAAUGCAUAUAUCUGGCCAAAGCUGAGUAACAUUGUGCUGAUGGUAAAACAGUACACUGUGGCUCACUAUCACUGACAAGAUUCAUGGAUAGGGAAUUUAAGUGCCAUAACAGUGUUGGCUGUUGACAAAUCCUCUUUGUCCUCAGACACGUUUAAAAAAAAAAAAAAAAAAUAGAGAGAGCCUGACCUGGAAUUGGAACCACUGAUCUGCUACCACUUCUCUUACCACUUAUUUCCUUGGAAAGCAGCUUUGAAAUUGCACUUGUUUAAAAAUGUUAUUUAUUUUGCUGAAAAGUGAUGACAUUUGAUGCUGUAUGAUCUGAUGAUUUGGAUGCAUGGAUUUUACAUCGUUUUGUUAAUGGACUACUGAUCUAUUAUUUUAUAACAUUUGGUAUCCCAGCAUAUAUGGUAGUUAUACCAUUGGCCACAUAUAUUUUGCCUUAUGUAGAACAUGAUUUCAAGUAAGAUUUUUUUUUUCUCUGUAACCUUCUAUAUUGCCUCUAUUGACUUGCUGAACUUUCCUUUGUUUUAUGAAACUGGAGCUUUUGGACAAAAACAGCCAAAACAAAUGGGUGUCUGUUCUUUACAAAUAAUAUCUCAACAUGUUUUCUAAUCAAGAUGGUGCCUUGUCUUUACAUCAGUUUUCUUCUAAAUGGGCUGCAGUCUCAAAGUUGUAAAUGCUUUUGACAUAAAAUGUACAUGUUUGGUUGUCUUAGUGUGAAUGUGGCUUAUGUUGAUUCAAGGUGGUUAAAUGAGGUUGUUGUGAGUCCUCAUAUAUGGGAAGCUCUUGAUAUUUUUGUUGCUUUAAGAGAUAAAAGUUGUACGUAUAGCACUGUCAUGUCACGUGUAAAUAAAGCAAAGUGUAUACAGCA